CGGCUCUACAGAUACUUGCAAGUAGCCCUCCCGCGCGUUCAAAAGCACCUCUUCCCUCCAGACAAUGGCGAAAAUAUUCAUGGACUGUGCCAUCCUCUUCGGAGACAGCCUUACCAAUCGUCAGGACGUACCAGGGUCAUGGCAUGAGCAGCUUUCAAAGGCAUACACGAAGAAGCUCGAUAUCCUUAACCGAGGCUUUGGAGGGUAUACAUCCAAAUGGGCAAGGCCUCUUUUUGACGAGGUCUUCGCUAGGAAAGAGGAGAAUGCACCAGUCGCUCGGCUGGUCAGUAUUUGGUUCGGUACCAACGACGCAACCAGCCUUCCCAAUCCCCAACACAACACCAUCCAAAACUUCCAAUCCAACCUCACCCACUUUCUCACCUCCCUCACUUCUCCCUCUUCCCCAUACGCCACCGCCCAAAACCCCCGAGCCCUCAAUAUCGUGCUCAUCACCCCACCGCCGGUGUAUGCGCCUCAGAUGGAUGAACGAGGGCGGAGGGAGAGGACGUUGGAGAGGACGAAAGAGUUUGUGGAUGUUGUAAAGGCGCUUGGGGCGGAAUGGGGCCCGGAGGGGAGGGAGGGGAAGGGGAAGGAGUGGAAGGUUGGCGUGUUGGAUCUUUGGGGGGCUAUGGAGAAGGAAGUAGGGCUCGGAGACGGGCUUGCUCCCUAUUUCAUCGAUGGUGUUCACAUGACUACAAAAGGUUACGCCGUCCUCUGGACGCUCUACGUCAAUCUCAUCAAGACAGAGUGGAAAGGAAGAGGAUUGGAUUGGAAAGAUGAGCAGGAUUUGCCGAGGAGGGCUGCCCAGUUCGAGAAGAUCGAUCCGAAUAGACCAGAGAGUGCUGUCGAGCUCCUUGCUCUUCCGGAAUGUCGGAGGAUGUAGUUGAAAUAGUGAAUAGAGCUGUCGAAGGCGCGUAUUUCGUCAGUCAUAAUCAUCAAACCCGUCACUGGCACCCUAGAAGUCUGCUGCCCCAAACGCCAACAACAUCCCUACCAGCCCGAUUAGGCCCCCAGCAGCUGCCCACCUUCCCUCCCCUCUACUACUCGCAUUCUCCCCCGAGCUUCCGGUGCCAGUCCCAACCCCCGCCGUGGCCGUGACUGUCCCCGUCACCUUUCCCCCACUCUGCCCCGCCG